CGAGCAAAUCGUCAAGGUCUUGGAUGCUUGUUGGCAAGGGUUUGCUUCGUUUGGACUCUCCAAACCGUAAGAUAGCGGUCCGUGUGUCAUUGUGCCGUAUGGCCAUCAUAAACUAUCACUAACAUUUAGCACUUACAUCCAUAUCCUGUUUCAUUAAUUGUUUCCAGGUAAGAUGCCCCGCUGAUCCUGAUAGACCUGCCGCAAAGCCAGCCUCGCCACAAUGAGCCGCUCUAAAGAAAAAGUCUCCGGCAUCUUUCGGAAGCUCUUUAAAUCUUCCACGAGAGACGGCGAAGGUCCUAGCAAACCCAGCACUUCAGGAGCAGCAAACGGAUCUCCAGCGAGACGACUGCUACGUGGCUGUAAUACCGUCUCCCCAGCUGCAUCCCAAUCUAGCCCUAUUUUCGGUUCGAAAUGCAAACGCGACGAAUCACAGAACAAAACCGUCAGAGCAAGGAGACUCAUGAAGGAGCUGCGCGACCUGCAGAGACUGCAGGACUCCAAAAGCGAACCCACCUUCACCGUCGAGCUGGUGGACGACAACCUCUUCGAGUGGCACGUGAAACUCUUCAAAGUGGACAGUGAAAGUGACUUGGGCAACGACAUGAAAGACUUGGGCAUCGCUCACAUCCUCCUCAACCUGAUUUUCCCGGAAAACUUUCCCUUCUCGCCGCCGUUUAUGCGCGUUAUUUCUCCCAGGAUAGAGAAGGGUUUCGUGAUGGAAGGUGGCGCCAUCUGUAUGGAGCUGCUCACGCCCAGAGGGUGGGCUAGCGCGUACACGGUGGAGGCGGUCAUCAUGCAGUUCGCUGCGAGUGUGGUGAAGGGCCAGGGACGGAUACAGAGGAAAAACAAGGGCCAGAAAGUGUUCAGCAGGCGUACUGCAGAGGAAAGCUUCAGAUCUCUCGUCAAGACUCACGAUAAGUAUGGUUGGGUGACCCCUAGCUUGGCCGACGGGUAGGUCGAGCGACUGUUCAAAACGAAACCGUUCCAUUUUUGUGUCAAAUUUAUAUUCUACGGUAGAUGUACUGUGUUCACUAUAAAUGCAAGGGAGAGAAAACAAUGGUAAUGGUAUAUAAAUGACCUGUCUUUAAGAAAUGUCUCUUACAAAUCAUACAGAAAUUUGACUUGCAUAAAGUAUAUCUGAAAUUUAAGUCUACCUAAUAAGGGUUUUAUGCCAAUGCGAAAAAUUCUGAAAAUGGUUCACAAGUUUCUGUGAUGAAUAUAGAGGUAUUGCUUCGCAAAGCUCCAAAGCAAAGUAAGGGUCAGUUUAUCGAAUAUAUAAGCCAUAACUCAAUGAAUAUGCAUAACUUUGAAGAAGGAAAAUCACCACUUUCACUCAUUUCAUGAAUUCUAAUAUUUAUGAAACAAGGAUAAUGAUGAUAUUAAGAAGAAAUUUUCUGAUAUUAACAAAAAUCAUCAUCAACCACCUGGGAAAAAGUAUAACGUAGAUUGACUAGCUCAACUUAAUUCGUGGCUAAAGUCAUGUUGAUUAUUGCCACGAAAUGUUCAAGAAAUCACCUAUGUGGGUAGAAAACAAUUCUGUUUCUGGCCAAGUAUUUUUCACUAAGGGAAGUAAAAAAUGGAUCUUUCCACUUAUUUGAAAUAACCGCAUAGGUGAACACUAUUUUAUUUACUUCUUUACAAUUUUUUGUAGUAGUUUUUUCAAAAUUGAUUGAAAUAGAUAGUCAUGACGACGUCACUAACAUCCGUUAUGAACUUGGCAACACCGUAAACGGAUUCACAUUGAAUAAUUUGAUUUUCUUCUUCUUCUUCAUGUAUUUUUGUUAACGUUGUUUAACAAGGCAAGCCUUGACAAAACGAAUAUUUUUUUGCCAAAAAGCGGUGCUUCAUUAACACACAAAAAUUUAUGUUUCUCUAUUUUCUUCAAACUAACGAAAGUUGCUUCACUCAAAAUGUUCUAUCUCACAAACUAAUAGUAUAACAACUGUGAAACUGGUACAUGUGUCGUCUUUUGAAAGUUAGGGUUAACUAAAAAUGAUAUGGAUUCAAUACUAGAGGCGCCAUCUGUGUGUCAGACUACGAAGUUUUCAGCACAUUCAUGUUGAAUCCAAUAGGCCUUUUCAUCACAAAUAUUUUUUUGCGCAUUCUUCAGUAUCAGCCAUGUUUUUCGUACUGUUUUUUGUAAACAACCAUGUUAAAGAGCCCGCAACUCAUGUUUUGAAGAUUAAAGUAUAAAUUGAAGUUUAUUAAUUGUAAAAAAAGUUUGAAAAAAGUAAAGUAGUAAGUCAAAAUAAUCAGAAAACAUUUUUUAUACUCCAUUAUAAUUAUGUUAUCUGUACGAAAAGUAACAACAAAACGGUGUUGUUAUGGAGUAUGCAAAAAUGAUACAGGAUACAUUUAACUAUGAAACUAUAAAACUAUUUUAUAAAUUUUCCAAAGCCUUGUCUUCAAUAUAGCAAAAAAAAUCAAAUCAUCAAGUAAAUUACAUAUUAAAGCAUGUGCAAAAUAUGCGAAAUGUUAAUUAUAGGUGAAAAAAUGUGGCAGGAGUGACCGAGGCUUUAAAUCUAUUGAUGAUGUUACCAAAGAUACUUAUAUUUGCUCACUACAUUUCAUUGGAGAAAGUGGUCUAACUGAACAAAACCCUGAUCCUUUAAGCUAUCAGGAAUUUCAACAUAUGUACAUUAUUCCUUAUUGCAUUUUCUACUGUAAAUUUUAUAUAUAUUAUGUUGUAUUAAAUAUUUCCCUCUAUAAAAAUUACUAAACAUAUUCAAUUCAGUAUUUACGUAUUUGUCUUAUUAAUAAUGUCAUAUGUACAGCCACAAAAUAUUAAUGGCUUGAUUUAUAUAAUAUUCCUUGCCUUGCCAUUGUUGAUUAAAACAGUACGAAUGUUUUGAAUUACCGCCAUUUCAAUAUGACAGCUACGCUUGCGCUCGUCUUAUGAUGAAAAGGUCUAUUAUAUACACAUGGUUGAAGGUGUACUGUUUACUUACUCAUUCUAUAGAAAAAUACUGUUACCUACGCCACUGUAUAGGUAUAGAAGUUAACUUCUACUUUUACACUCUCACAAUAUCGCUACAAGGGACACCAUGUGAAACUUCUGAAGCCAUACAGGGUUAUUCACGAGUGAUUGUUAGAUAGAUUUUAGGUUAAGGAUGAAACAAAAUUGAAUAUUCUCCUAAUACGAGAUUGUCUAGACAGAGAGGCUCUGUAAAUAGAUAAUAACAUGACACCAAUUCGAAACACUAAUUCUUGGAAAAAAUAUUGUUACAUGAACAAUUUUUACUCAAAAGUGUUUUCUUGGAUGUCAUCAAACUGCGCCCACUACAAAAAAUCACAUAACUUUUUCAUUCUUAGCUUUGUUAGUUGUAGCUUUUUUAUUAUUGAGUUUAUGAAAAUUAUAUUUCUGAUGUUAUACAUUGAAUAAGAUGUUCAAAUUUUGACAGAUGCUCACCAUAUAUUUUAUAUAUCAGACUUAAGUACCUGUAGACUUUUAGCUUUGAUACUGGAGGAGCUUCUAAUCAAAAAUCAAAUGAAAAAUAGAUAUAUCGAAGUUAUUUCCCGGAUUUAUUUGCCAUGGUCUGCAGGUUUUCACGACGUUUCGUCUUCGAAUGCUGUGAAUAUCAAGCGAUGUGAGAAAGAAAGAAGUGUCCUAAUGCUUCUCACAGCGCGUAUAUACCUACUACCUACAAUAUAGAUGGUUUGGUUUAAUUCCUUUGGUGUUGGACAUGACUUGUUCAGUUAAAUGCAGGUAGCUCGACUUUAUUAAUGUUAAUUCUCUGUUCGGUUGAAAUUGUCUCUAUAUUUCUGAAAUUAUAUUAUCUCUCUAUAUAGUCUUGGACUCGGAGAGGGCAACCAAUCGCUUUCGAAUAGACCAAAGUGCUCGAUAUAAUUCAGAACCACUAUCUAGGAGCCAUUAGAUUGGGAGGCGAUAGAAAUUCAGAAACACAGAGAUCAUUUCAACUGAAAGAAAGAGGGAAUGGAAGAAAUAGUCUGGCUACCUGGACUAAAUAAUACCAUAAGAAUGAUAUUCAGCCGUCCACCAAUAGAAUGAAACUUUAGUUCAGGAAUAUCCUGCAAAACAUGGCCAUCGAACUUAUAAAAUAUAUUUGACACAGUGAUUAUACCGGGAGCCGUUUCAUUUGACUUUUUGACUGCUGGUUCCUACCCGUUUACAGUCAGUAUUAAUUGAAUAACAAUCGAUUAUCGAGAUUUGUUGUUACUAUAUGUGUAUUUAGUUCUUAUAUGUAUAAAUUUCGUCUUCCGAUAUAUUUCUUGACUAGAAAAGGUAAAUUUGUCGUUAUUAUCAUUAGGACAUGGACAUUUGUAUUUGAAUCGUGUUAUUUAAAUUAAUCUGAUGAAUGUUAACCGAAUAUAUGAAUGUUUUUAUUA